AGUUUGAAUAAACAAUCAGAUGUGAUAAUUUUGUUUGGAUGGUGACUGUGUUCAGAUUUUGUAACUUAUUAUUUCAUUGAAGCAUCCACCUGAUCCCUUGUAAUUAAAUGUUAAUUGAAAUUAUGAAUAGUGAGACCUGUCACCUGCUUAUUUAAUGGUGCAAGUGAAUUUUGGCGAGUGAGCACUUGUCUUAGCAACCUCCUACGGCAUCUUAUGGAGCCUAUAAAGGAGAUUUGUUGGCAACUGGAAUCCUUGAUUUCAAAUACUUGUUUAUCACUUUAUCUUCAAAUUACUUGGGCAGGGCGUAUUAAGCGAAGGGAAUGAUAAAGGAUCCCAUAAAACAUGUGGAACCCGAUCCAGUUAGGGAAAAUAAUAGAAAACGCUCCAUACAUGAAAGUUAUAAGGUCUUUAGGAAUACUAAUUCUUCCUCAAUGGCCAAAAAUGACGUGCAAGAUACAAUCUUAGAAAUAGAUCCGACAAUGUGCCCUCCCUUUGCCGGUAUUAAACAAACGGGCAUAGAAUCAACCCUAGAUCCUGUGGAAGUGAAUCUGUUGAAUAGAAAGAAAAGGAGAAGGAAAAAUCGGAAAAAGAAGACAAAUGUACUUCAAAAUAGUGGACAAGUUCAAAAGUUGCCAGAGGAAGGUUGCCCUACUAGCAUCAAUCAUAUGAGUAGUACAUCAGAACUAAGUAUAUCAGGUGAAAGAAACUGUGAAGAAAAAGUUAUUUUAUUGGGCACUGAUGAAACUAAUUCCUUUUCAGUGACUAAUCCUUCACAAAUUCUAGCAGAUGACAAAUGUAAGGUCUUAACCAGCGCACAUUCUUUUUCAAUGCCAAGGAGUGAAGUGGAAGAUACUAUCUCAGGAGUAGAACAGACAAGCAUGGAAGCAACCCAAAAUCCUGCGGAAGUGAAUCUGGUGAGUAGAAAGAAAAGGAGAAUGGGAAGUCCUAUGGCAACGACUAAUGCACAGCAAAACAAUGGACAAGAUCAAAAGCUUCUAGAGCAAGGUUUUCUUACAAGCACCAAUCACACGAAUAAUACAUCAACACGAAGCCUAUCAGGUGAAAGAAAUGGUGUAGAAAAGGCUGUUUCAUUAGGUACUGAUGAAAAUAGUCCUCUUUCAGUGAUCAAUUCUUCACAGAGUUUGUCACAUGGCAGUUAUAAGGUCUUCAGCAAUACUAGUUCUUCUUCAAUGGCCAAGAGUGAAGAGCAGGGUACUAUCUUGGGGGUAGAAUUUACACUGUGCUCUCCCUUUGAUAGGAUUGAACAAAUGGGUGUGGAAACAACUCAAGAUCUUGUAGAAGUGAAUCUGGAAAGUCAAAAGAGAAAAAAGAAGAAAAAUUGGAAGAAGCCUCCUAAGGCACUGCAAAAUAGUGGACAAAGUCAAAAGCUGCUUGAGGAAGGUUGUCUAACUAGCACCAAUCAUAUGAAUAUUAUGUCAACAUCAAGUUUGUCAGCUGAAAAAAACAAUGGAGGAAACAUUAGCUUGUUCGGAACAGAAGAAACUAAUACUUCUCCAGUGGCUAAUUCUUCACAAAGUUUAUCACAUGAAAAUCAUAAGGUCAAUGUUAAUUCCUUUUCAAUGAGCAGGAGUGAAGCACAAGACACUGUUCCAGGGGUAGAUUCAGCACUGUGCCCUUCCAUUUCUAGGAUUGAGGAGAGGGGCAUGGAGGCAACCCAAAAUCCUGUGGAAGUGAAUCCGGGGAGUCUAAAGAAAAGGAGGAGAAGUCGGAAGAAGAAGCGUAAUGCAUUACAAAAUAGUGGACAACCUCAACAGCUGCCAGAGGAACGUUUUCUGACAAGCACCAAUCACAUGAAUAUUAUGUCAACAGUAGGUCUAUCAGAUAAAAGAAACAGUGAAGGAAAAGUGAUUUCACUGGGCACUGAUGAAACUAAUACUUUUGCAGUGACUAAUUCCUCACAAGGUCUGUCACAUGAAAAUUUUAAGCACUUCAACAAUGCUAAUUCUUUUUUGAUGACCAAGAGUGAAGUGCAAGAUACUACCCCAGGAGCAGAUUCAACACUGUGCCCUCCCUUUGAUGGGAUUGACCAGUGUAGGGAAACAACCCAAAAUCCUGUGGAAGUAAAUCCAGUGUGUAAAAAGAAAAAAAGAAGGAAAAAUCGGAAAAAGCACCCUGAUGCUUUGCAAAAUGGUGGACAAACUCAAAAGCUGCCAGAGGAAGGUUGCCUGACUAUUGCCAAUCAUAAGAAUAUUAUAUCAACUGUGAGUUCAUUAGAUGAAAGAAAUACUGAAGAAAAAGUUAUUUCAUUGGGUACUGGUGAAACUAACUCUUUCUCAGUGACCAAUUCUUCAGCAAGUCUAUCACGUGAAAAUUCUAAGGUCUUCAGCAAUACUUAUUCUUUGCCAAUAAUGUGCCCUCCCUUAGCUGAAAUUGAACGGGUGGGUUUGGAAACAACCAAAAAUCCUGUGGAAGUGAAUAUGGUGAUUAAAAAAAAGAAAAAAAGAAAAAGAAAUAAAAAGAAAGAGCCUAAUACAUUGCAUAAUGGUGGACAAGCUCAAAAGCUGGGUGAGGACAGUUGCCCAACUAGCACCAAUGAUAUGCAUAUUAUGUCAAAUCUAAGUCUAUCGGAUGAAAAAAAUGGUGAAGAAAAGUUUUUUGCACCAGCUGGUGAUAAAAUUGAACAAGUUUGUGUUGCUGUUGCUGAUGAAGGGGAUAAAAACUCAGAGAUUUCUCAUAUUUCUCUUUUGAGAGCACCUGUUGGUCAUUUGAGGAAGAAGCUUCUCAUUCUUGAUAUAAAUGGGGUGCUUGCUGAUAUAGUUCUACCUGCUCCAAAGAAUUGCAAACCAGACUUUAAAUUUGCAGGACGGGCACUAUUCAAGAGGCCAUUCUAUCAGGAUUUCCUGAAGUUCUGCUUUGAGAGAUUUGAAGUGGGCGUGUGGUCCUCAAGAGCCAAGAAAAAUGUGACAAGGGUGAUUGAUUAUUUGAUGGGAGGUGUGAAGUGUAAGCUGCUACUUUGUUGGGAUCGAUCUCAUUGCACUCCUACAAAGUUCAAGACUCUUGAAGACAAGCACAAGCCUGUGGUCUUAAAGGAGUUGACAAAAAUUUGGGAAAAACAUGACCCUAGUCUUCCAUGGAAGAAGGGGGACUAUAAUCAAUCAAAUACGUUGUUGUUGGAUGAUUCUCCAUACAAAGCAUUGCUUAAUCCUCCGCACACAGCAAUCUUCCCUGAUUCAUUCAAUUUUCAAAAUACGGGUGAUAAAUCAUUAGGUGCUGGUGGCGAGCUUCGGGUUUAUCUGGAGGGAUUGGCUGAAGCUGAAAAUGUACAGAACUAUGUAAGGGAAAACCCUUUUGGUCAAAGAGCUAUCACUGAAAGAAAUACAUCUUGGGAAUUUUACGAGAGGAUUAUAAAUUCGUUAAAAUCCUAACUAACCACAAGAUAAAUGUGACUAUCUGCUUUGCUUUGAGUAUAUGCACUAGAGAGAGAAAGCAUGAGUGUUUAUUUGCGGCUUUGUCAAGAGUCUUGUAACUCAAUUGAUACCACAUGUUUUUAAUUGAGACGUUUAGAGUUUAAAUAUCAUUUUUGUUUUUAUAACUAUCGAAUUAUAUAUAUUAAAAAAAAAUUGUUUUCCCCCCCUAA